AUGCUUCUUGGAGCCGAAGGGGGACUUAUGGUUGGUGGCGCAGAAUUUAUGGGCCGAUGCGCUGUGGAGAACAAGGACCUGGGGUAUUUUCUAAUUGGUGCCAGAAUAUUGUGGUUGGUGGUAUCAGCUGCUUCACUGUCCGGAAUUAUUUGGUUUUAUUGCUACAAACUCGAUUGCAAUUGGAGCGCAAGAGACGAGAGUGAAGAGAAAAAGCUGAAUAAUGCUUUUUGGCAUUGGGACCACCGAUGGUAA